AUGGCCGACUCCUGGAAAGAUGGCAUUCUCCUCAAGAUCGUCAACAUCCUCGUCUACUUCCUCUUCCUCGGCUCAAAUAUCUACACCGUAGCGUCCCCAGGAAACAUCUACUACUACGGAAAGGAGACCUACAUCACUCCCGCCCCUUGGGCGUUCCUCAUCUGGACACUCAUCCACAUCCUUCUCCUCGGCACCAUCAUCUACCAGUUCUUCCCCAACGGAAAGAGGACCAUCAUCGACGGCAUUUCCUGGCGCUUCCCACUCCUUGGCAUCCUCAAUGCCAUCUAUGUCAACCUCUGGGCAACCCACCAUUAUGUCAUCGCUUUCAUUUUCGCGCUCUUCGUGAGCUCCGCCGUCACUCACAUCUACUACAUCGUCAAGAAGUACCAUGCCUCCGAAUCGUACGGCGACGAGCUCUUCAUCCACCUCCCGUUCUCUCUCUACCACGGAUGGACCACCGUCCUCGUCGUCAUCACCGCCUUUGACGCUUUCGGUGUGAACGCACUCACCCACCGCGCAGGUGUCUGGACCAAGGUCUUUGUGUUCCUUGCCCUCUUCUUCCUCGAGGGCACCGCAGCGACAUACUCAUUCUCCACGCCAGAGGGUGACCUACCUGCAUCCAUUGCCAUUGCCUGGUCCCUUUGGGCUAUCUAUGCCCACCAGACCUCCUCCGGCUUCGUUCAUUGGACCUCGCUUGUCUUUGCCAUCCUUGCCCUUGUCUGGGUCGUGAAGGGAGCGUACGGUCUUGUUCUCCGUCGCAGUGGUAGGAUUGCCCUCAGUGACGAGGAGCGAGCCCCUCUCGUUGGGUAA